GAGAGAGGACAGUCGUGCACCCACACACAAUUCCUCACCAGACAUCCGCACACACACUUUCUAACACACACAUCGGAGCACCUGCUUUGUAGCCACUCUGGUGACCGACCCGCGGUGCCGAGAUGCCUUCCUGGGCCUGGUUGUUGGUGGCUCUGUCUCUGGCCGCACUAACAGCAAAUUCCACUGGUGCCGUUGCAUAUAAGCAAUCUGAGAGGAACUGCUCCCUGUCACCCCCCUACCUGCCCAGCACAGCAUUGAAUACCACCCUCCGGCUGCAGGACUUACGGAAGGAAAUGCUUCUCCGGAAUGUCGCUGCCUACAUUAUCCCGGCCACUGACGCUCACCUGAGUGAGUAUAUUGCUCCACGUGAUGCCAGGAUGGCCUUCAUGACCGGUUUCACAGGCUCUGCAGGCACCGCCGUAGUUACUCAGACCAAGGCCGCUCUGUGGACGGACAGCCGCUACUGGGUUCAAGCAGAGAGGCAGAUGGAUUGCCACUGGGAGCUGGAAAAAGAUGUGUCCAUCAGCAGCGUAGCACAGUGGCUGAUCUCUGAGGUCCCGCCCGGCGGCGAGGUCGGCUUUGAUCCCUUCCUCUUCUCCCUCAAAACGCAGGAGGACUACAGGCUCAAUCUGGACUCCAGCAAUCGUACCCUCAAGUCCGUCCCCGUUAACCUGGUCGACCAAGUGUGGAAGCAAAGACCGCCCGUCCUUCUUUACAACCUCACCCGCCUGCCCGACAGAGUCAUACAACGGCCCUGGCAGAUGAAAGUGGAGCACGUAAGGAAUCAGAUGAGAGACAAUCCAUACGAGCCGACAGCUCUUCUGCUGUCGGCUCUGGAUGAAACAGCCUGGCUGUUCAAUCUCCGCGGCAACGACAUCCCGUAUAAUCCCUUCUUCUACUCCUACACGCUGCUCACAAAGGAUGCGAUCUGGCUCUUUCUUCACACGGACAGAGUGACGGAGGAAUUGAGGGUUUACCUGAACGCCUCCUGCGUGGGGUCACUCUGCGUGCAGCUGAGGAGCUACGACGCUGUCCGGGACGACCUGAAGGCCUACGUGGCCGAGCCGGGGGUGAAAGUGUGGAUCGGCACAGAGUACACCAACUACGCGCUUUAUGAGAUCAUCACACCAGAGGAGAAACUAAUGACCAGCUCCUACUCGCCUGUGUUGACCACGAAAGCAGUGAAAGAUGAGACUGAGCAGCGGAUCCUGAGGGAUGCUCAUGUGAGGGACGCAGUGGCGGUCAUCCAACUGCUGAUGUGGUUGGAGAAGGCCGUGCCGGAGGGGAAAGAGACGGAGCUGACUGCUGCACAAUACGUCGACAAGUGUCGCGGCAAACAGAAGGACAGCAGAGGCCCGAGCUUUGAGACCAUCUCUGCAAGUGGACCAAAUGCCGCACUCGCACAUUACAGCCCUACAGAAGAAACCAUACGGAGGUUGACAGUUGAUGAGAUGUACCUGGUUGACUCCGGGGGCCAGUAUCUAGACGGGACCACUGACAUCACUCGGACCGUUCACUGGGGGGCCCCCACAGCCAUGCAAAAGGAGGCCUUCACCCGAGUCCUCAUGGGGAACAUUGAGAUAUCUCGAACCGUCUUUCCCUCAGGGACACGAGGCGUAAACAUGGAGAUGCUGGGCCGCCGGGCAUUGUGGGAGGUGGGCCUGAACUACGGCCACGGCACAGGGCACGGCGUUGGAAACUACUUUGGAGUUCAUGAGUGGCCGGUUGGAUUUCAGAGCAAUAACAUUCCCUUCAGAUCCGGCAUGUUCACGUCUAUUGAACCCGGAUACUAUAAGGAGAAUGACUUUGGGAUCCGGAUCGAAGAUGUUGCCGUGAUCGUGCCUGUAAAUACAAAGUAUGGACAUAACUAUGUGACCUUUGACACUGUGUCGCUGGUCCCGUAUGACAGAAAGCUGAUUGACACCACUCUCCUCAGCUCAGAGCAGCUCCGGUGGCUUAAUAAAUACUAUGAGACAAUACGGCGGCUGGUGGCUCCUGAACUGGACUCGCAGGGACUAAAAGAGGAGAAGGACUGGAUGCUCAAACACACAGAGCCCUUUGUGGAGGCGGCAUCUUCUGCAUCCGUCUGGUCCUCCUCGCUGACCCUCAUCGCUCUGGCUGUUACUCUCCUCCGCAACAUCAUCUGAGCUGAUCUUCUACUCUCCUGCACAUUCAACGCAGAAUUACGCACUAAUCUCACUCCUGUGCGCUGUGGAUUGAGCGGCUACACGAUACAGAGCGAGAGACGCUCUGCAUUAAAGGGUAUAUUUGUUUGAUCAUUUAAUUGGGUGGGUAAAUGGAUGAAACAAUGGUAUUCAUAUCGUAUUAAUUGAAUCUUUGUGUGACAUUUGUGUAACCAGCUGAUAUAAUUUUUUAUUUUAUUAAAGUAAAAGUCUUUAAAACGAUUACUUCUUGAAUUGACAAAAUCAGCAAAACUCCACUUUGACCGACUCCAACAACUGAUUGAGGUUUCGCUCGGACUUCCUGUGGAUAGAAAGAUAUGUUUUGCGAUACACUUUGUCCUGAAAGUAUUUAAAUCAUCUCUCUUUUGAAAAACUGCAGGACUAAAUUAGCUUUGAAAAUUUGUAGAAAUUGUGCAGUUGAUCAAUUUCUCGAUGGUACUGGGCAGGAGAUAAAUGUAUAUAUAGAUGGACAAUAAUUACCUGCAUGAUCGCCAAUGGCUCUACUUUAAAGACGCUGUGGUUUGUAAGAUAUGGACAACAAAACGUGUGGCUAUAAGAUCCCAAACAGAGACUCAAUAACCUCCCAACGCGUCCGCAAUGGUCAGGGAGAUGCAGUUGCACGAUCAGCAGAGGUCAGCAACAACAACGUGCACGCCCACAAACUCCAGACAUGGUCUGUUGUUGUUGUUGUUGUUGUUGUGAAGCAGAAGUCAGUUCCCCUUUCUCCUGCUGUAUGAACAUUGAGACGCUGCUGCGGUCGUAGUGCCAUCUAAGAAUGUUCUCAACAAUGUUCGAUGCAAGUUAUAUUAGUCAGUAAACAUUACAACUGAAGGUCUCCGGAAAAAAUCACACAAAAA